AAUGGAAUCACCAACACAAAAUAUCCAAAAUAUGUACCAAUCUCAAAUUCUUCCACCUGCAUUUAUUUCAAACCAAGAAAGGAGUCACGUGACCCUUAGCAUCACCGAGUAUCCAGAAGCUUUCUAUAUAGAAGCUUCUCCAAGUUUGCUUGAGACCACUCAAGAUUUACAUAACCAAACUUCAUGAAUAGUCCAGCAAUGUGUGCCAAUGCUUAGUCCUCCUAUGAAAGAGUUCAACGGAUUAGUGGAAAAUGAUGUUCGGAACUUCAAAGGAGAGUGAUUCAGCAGCAAGCAUCAAGGAAACACCCAAUCGUUUGAGAAAAGCAUGGUGAACGAGUUCUAUGCUAAAUAUUGCUGCUGCCUUGACCCUCAAUCGGCUCAACCCAUUUCUGAAGAAGAAAGAAUAAAAAGGAUGACUCCCUCCGAAAUUAAACUGGUUAGGAAAAUGCAAAGAGAGUUUCCCAGAAUCCUUGAGCAAACCCACAGGUUUCUAGCUGAAUCUCUAUCUCAUUUGCCCAGCGAUGAAGAAAUCGCAAUCAACAAAAGAGCCAAAACUCGGAAGACUCACAUCGGAGAUGACUUCAGAGGCUCCAAGUAUAUCGGAGUAUCCAAAAAUGGUGGAGCUUGGCAGGUUUACAUUAUCAUCAACAAGUCCAAAAAGUACGUUGGCUGAUACAAGUCAAAGCUCCAGGCAGCAGCAAUCUACGAUAAACUUGCCAUCAACUUUCAUGGUAAAAAGGCCAAGACCAACUUCUCGUACACAAAGAGAGAAGUCUUGCAGAUCAUUGGAGCCAUUUAGUUUGUUUGCAUGAGAGCAAACAAGUAUAGUGCAAUAGCCAUGCAAAUUAUUAAGAUUACAAGCAUUUCAGUGAAGUUGAAGGGAUUCUCUGCUGUCAUACUCCAGAGAUAAGGCAGGAAGCACUAAAUUUAAUUUCAUUGAUAAUAUC